CGAAAGCAUGGCAGCUUCUUCUUCAUCAGCUUUCCUUUCAUUAAGAGAUGAAAACGAGUCGCAGCAGCAGCAGCAGCAGCUUCCUCCUCCUAACAAGAGAAGGCGGAACCAGGCCGGAAAUCCAAGCAAAUCCGGAUGCGGAAGUAAUUGCGCUGUCGCCGAAGACGCUGAUGGCGACGAACCGGUUCGUGUGCGAGGUCUGCAACAAGGGCUUCCAGAGGGAGCAGAAUCUGCAGCUGCACCGCCGCGGGCACAAUCUGCCGUGGAAGCUGCGGCAGAAGAGCACCAAGGAGGUGAAGCGGAAGGUGUAUCUGUGCCCCGAGCCGAGCUGCGUGCACCACGACCCGUCCCGGGCGCUCGGGGACCUCACUGGAGUAAAAAAGCACUACUCAAGGAAGCACGGCGAGAAGAAGUACAAGUGCGAGAAAUGCUCGAAGAAAUACGCCGUCAAUUCCGAUUGGAAAGCUCAUUCGAAAACCUGCGGCACAAGAGAGUAUCGAUGCGACUGCGGCACCCUUUUCUCAAGGCGCGACAGUUUCAUCACUCACCGAGCCUUCUGCGACGCGCUGGCUCAGGAGAGUGCGCGGAACCUGAACCCGCCCAGCAUCGGAGGCCACCUCUUAGGGCUCUCCCAACAAGAUAAGAUGAACCAAGGAGCCCUAUCAAGUCAUGACAUACUUAGAUUGGGCAGGCCCAGCCCCCGAUACGAAACCCUAGUCAGCCCGGGAGGCUUCAACCCUUCUCCGCGGCCCUCAUUCGUCCACCCGAAUCACGACCACGAUCAUCAAAAUCAACCUUCCUAUAAUUCCAUGUUUCCCAACAAAUCAUCACUGCAAGGCCUCAUGCACCUUCCCCAACUCCACAUGAACAACACCUCCCCCAACUCCUCCACCGGCCUCUUCAACCUCAGCUUCUUCCCCGGGAACACCAACAACGCCGCCUCCACCAUGGAAGGCGGCCCCCACAACUCCACUUCCGGAGAAGAUUCCACCCUCUUCUCAUCAGGUAACCUCAUGAGCAUUGCGAUCCCAUCGCUGUACAGCACCUCGCAAGGCAUGCAAAGCCCCAGCGGAGGAGCUCAGAUGUCGGCGACGGCGCUUCUCCAGAAAGCGGCCCAGAUGGGCUCCAACACCAGCAACAACGGCGGCGCGUCUUCGUCACUGCUGAAGAGCUUCGGGAAGUCGCCCGACCACCACAGCUUCGGGGAUGGAAGCAUAUACAAUGGAGGAGGAAACCAUAUGCAGGAGUUGAUGAACUCCAUUGCGGCGGCGGGAGUGGGCCCGGGGGCGGCGCCUAUGUUCGAGCAGGUGGAGUACAGAGGGUUCCAUGGAGGGAACAGCAAUGGAUUGAGCAGCUUGGAGCAAGCGGGGAGGCUGACCAGGGAUUUUCUUGGAGUUGGAGAGAUUGUGAGAAGUGUGAGAGAACAACAACAAAGUGGGAUGGAUCAUCUCGGAAAACAAACACAGCCUUUUGGAGAGGGGAGUUUUCACUGAAUAAUCCUGACUUUAGACUGCGAAUUGAUCGUUUUACAGGAGAUCAAGCGGAUUGAUUGAAGAAGAUGGCUAGCCCCUAGCAUGUGUGUAUAUGGAUCCAAAUCAAAAAGAAAAAGAAAAAGUUUUUUUUUUUGCUUCUGCUCUUAUAGUUAUGUUAGGUGAACUAGAAGAACUGAAACUUGUUAUUUUAAAUUUUGUAGUUUGACAAUUUUUGUUCUUUUGAAUCAACAUUUUUUUAGACAAA